UUCCUCCCCUUUUUACAUAGCUCGCUGACACACACACACACAUACGCAGCUCCGCCCGCCUCUUCUUCUCCACUCUCAGCCCAUCCAUAGGCUGCACGGCUCGGCUCCUGUCAGCUCUCCUCGUCGCUGUCACCCGGCAUACAUCUUCCCGAUAUCAGGUACUCCAGGAUCCAACUAUCAGAGGGCUUGUGCAUAUAGGAAAACGGUCAACUCAAGGCAUAAAAAAAAUCACCUUUUGUUCCUCUGGCUACUUGAAUUGCCUACCGUGCGUUUGCUGCUUUUUUGAGAAGUGCCUUUCUCCAAAGUCACUUUUGCCAGUAAAGGCUGCACUAACACCUUUUGAAUGCCAAACACCGAGGAGCCUGCCCGGCAGUUUAGCUGAAGCCAUCUCGUUGAUCUACUGUGUUUUUGCCAAUGACACCUCAAGAAAAGGACUGGGCUGACUGACAUCGUGUUCCAGCUUUCUCAUUGCAAAGUGUCCAAGGAAGUAUAACCUUCUACUGAAGAUAGCCAUUAAAUUGGAGUAACUUUAUGGAAAGCAGCAAUCUGCAAAACACUGUCCCACCUAGAUUUUCUACUGUUGUGGUUCCAGAGCACGUUGUCUUCUCAGCCAGAAGUGAUUUAGGUUGAGCAGCUUGAUCAAUGACUGACGCUGCGCUGAUUAAUUGGAUCUUCUCAUGCUGCUUUGUUUAUCCUAUAAAGCAGCUAUCUUUUUAUUUAACUAGAUUCUGUUGAGUAAAUUCGUGGACAAGACUUUUAACUUGUUACCCAUCAAAGUUUGGUUUCUCCAGCAUGGCUUUGAAUGUAGCCCAAGUAAGGGAUACAAAAUGGCUUACACUAGAGGUGUGCAGGCAGUUCCAGAGAGGAACUUGUUCAAGAUCUGAUGAGGAAUGCAAAUUUGCACAUCCACCCAAAAGUUGUCAGGUUGAAAAUGGACGUGUUAUUGCCUGCUUUGAUUCCCUCAAGGGACGAUGCUCAAGGGAGAACUGCAAAUAUCUUCAUCCGCCAACGCAUCUAAAAACCCAGCUAGAAAUAAAUGGCAGGAACAAUCUUAUUCAGCAGAAAACAGCUGCUGCCAUGCUUGCCCAGCAGAUGCAGUUUAUGUUCCCGGGUACACAACUGCAGCCAAUGCCCACAUUUCCUGUAGGUCCAGCAUUAGGAACAAAUACCGCUUUUAGCUUUGCUCCAUAUCUUACUCAAAUGGCACCUGGUGUUGGAUUGGUUCCAACUGAAAUGCUGCCCUCUACACCUGUUAUGGUUCCGGGAAGUCCACCUGUAUCAGUCGCUGGUUCUACUGCUACUCAGAAACUUCUUAGGACAGAUAAAUUGGAGGUAUGCAGGGAGUUUCAGAGAGGAAACUGUGCACGGGGAGAGACUGAUUGCCGCUUUGCUCACCCAGCAGACAGCACGAUGAUUGAUACAAAUGAUAACACUGUAACCGUUUGUAUGGAUUACAUUAAGGGUCGCUGCAUGAGGGAGAAAUGCAAAUAUUUUCACCCUCCUGCACAUUUGCAGGCCAAAAUCAAAGCUGCACAACAUCAAGCCAACCAGGCUGCAGUAGCAGCACAAGCAGCUGCUGCAGCUGCAACAGUGAUGACGCAGUCGACUGCCAAAGCAAUGAAGCGACCUCUCGAAGCAACUGUAGAUCUGGCUUUUCCACCUGGUGUCCUUCACCCUUUACCAAAGAGACAAGCUCUAGAAAAAAGCAAUGGUGCCAGCGCACUUUUUAACCCUAGUGUCUUGCACUACCAACAGGCUCUGGCCAACGCACAGUUGCAGCAGCCUGCAGCAUUUUUUCCAGCAGGGUCAGUUUUGUGCAUGACACCAGCUACCAGUAUUGAUCAUACUGAAAUAAUCACCAAAAGUGGAGCAGAACGUCAAGAAGACUUGCAGAAGAUAGCAAAACAUUCAUACUGUACAUACUAUCCCAUCUCCUCCUCUAUAGAGUUGCCACAAACUGCAUGCUAAAAAAGGAUCUUGUUCUCUAAAUGGACAAAAACUACAACUUAGAAAGCUAGUGCUGCUAUAUUUUAAAUUAUAUAUGGUAUGCUUAAUAUAUUCCAACUAAAAAAUUGUUAACUACCUGAUACCAGCUGUGAUGUUAGUGGGUAAAGUUUACUUUUUAAUAUUUUGUAUACCUGGUUCCCACUCAACAACAUUGUCUUAUCUUCUGUCACACUAGAAUCGCAGUCAUAUAGUAUAUUUUAAAUGCAGAAAAACAUUUAAACUUUUUUUUUUUUUUUUUUUCUGACAGCAAAUAUAGAAUGAUUGUGAAUAUUAACAUAUUAGAGUGUAUUUUAGCCAUUAUUAUAGGAUUUCACAAGUCUCCCCUCUGUAGAGAAGACCAAUAAGAAAAAGCACUCUCAAAUAUAAAAAUAGGCUUAUUAUAAAGCACAAAGUUAAAACAUGCAAAUCAGUGACAUACCCGGUUUUUAAAACAAAACAAAGUGUUGGAUUGUGGGAUUAAACAAAAGCAAAACAAAAAAGGAAACAAUUGCACAGUGUACCUGUCAUAUACUAGAAAGUGAAUAUUUGUGUUUCAGUUAUGUUUGUUUUCUUAUCUUAUUUCUUUAAAACUCUGCAGAAGUGCCUAAACUUUGCCACCAUACAACAAACGCAAAAAGUAUGCGACUGAUGCCAACCUCUCAGCCACCAACAAAUGUUCAUUACACAGACACAAAUUAUAUACACAUCUAGCAUGGGUAAACAGGUCACACACACACAAGGCAUUGGAGGAGGAGUUUUCUUAAUCGAAUGUACAAAAAAAAUAUAUAUAUAUAAAUAUAUAUAAAUAUAUAUCUGUCAGUCACAACAUAAGUGUGACUCUAAUCUAUAUAACAUUUACAUUUUUAAAAUGUAGUGAAAGUUUUAUUUUGACCCAGUUCAGAGCAUGAAAGGCUAGCAAAACACUGCAGAGCAAUGCAUUGCAGGCCUUUCUUACUUCAACUAUGAAACAACACCUUGCGGAAAUCAGAUGUCUAUACUUGCCGCAGAUGUGGUUGAAUACAGGGUCUAUAGUGUUAUACUUUUUUAUAAUUGGAUUGCGAGAGUUGUAACAGGAUUACAGCAAAAGUCUAAAGAAAAUGUGUUUAAAGCAUAUUUUAUGUCAUAAAAGUUAUGAAGAGUUGUUGCUUAUGAGAAAAAAAAUACAAAAAAAAACACCUAAGGAUAAAACUGAUUUUCGAUGUUUACUUUUACAGUAGGUUGUUGAUUUACAUGGUAAUGUCUGUACAUUUAAUACGUAAUUUAGUUAAAGGUUUAUUUUGAGCACUAUUGUACCAAAUAUUUCAUGUUUCUAUGUUGCACAUUUGUCACACAAAGUAUGUUGUUGCUGAAUUAUGGAUAUCAAACAAGAACAGCUGUUAUACAUGAAUAGUAUACUUAAGUGUUAGAAAUUGUUAUUUUUUUUUUCUCUUGUACAAAGACAAUAUUAGUGAUUGCAGUAUUUUAAGAAAAAUUUUGAGAGUUGAAUGUAAGCUAUUUUUAAUGUGGGCAGCCUGCUCUAAAAAAAAUAAGAAGGCGCUGUAAUUCUAUAAUCAGUAAAUCAGGAAAAGAUUCUGCCUUUAUUUUAUUUUUUAAUGUAUGUACCGUGUUUGGUUUCUGCUCUGCUGUUAAACAGGCGGAUAGAAUCACUCAAAAUAACUAAAUCACAACCCUCUUGGAAAAGAGUAUUUUAAUAUUGCUUUUAUCACUAUAGCUCUAUAUCCUUAAAGAAAAAUAAGACAUAUAUAAAAGUUUAUGGUCUAAUCUACACUGAUUGUUUUGUUUACUGUUUCAGCAUUAUUUCUUUUAUAUAUAUUUUCAUAGUGAGCAGCCAAUAUGUGUCCUUUUUAAAAAUAAUCUAGAGGUCCACAUUCUGUAGACCAGAGAAUUCACCAUAAUGCCAGAGAAUGACCUGUGUUAAAACAAAUAAAGCCUUGUUCACCAGUUAGCUGUACAUUGCACUUUAUGGCAAUAGCAUGCACUUGUGAUGGACGUGUUGGGAUUGAUUACAAUAGAAGCACACUUUCCACUUGUGCACCCAAGUUUACUAUAAACAACCAAUAAUAUUUAGGAAUAGCAAUUUCCAUUGAUUGGAUGUUUGAUGUGAAUGCCACCAUACUAAAGCUGUAAUCGGUCCCAUUGUCAGCCAGCUAUGAGAAAGUUGACAAAUCUUGGCUGAACACUUAGUAGCUUUACCUAGAAAUAAAUAUGGUGGAAAAAUCUAGACGUAUAACAAUUUAAACAUAAACUUUUAUAUCCGUGUUCUUUUUAAGUGGAACUGUCACUGUACACAGUGGAGGAAUCCAUUUUGUCAGCUGGAAAACAACUGCAUUCUUCAUACAGCUUGCCACAGGAGUGCUUCCAGUUCCUAGGCUUAAAGCUUGGCCCCUGCCUGCCCUUUCUGUUUUAUGAAACACAAAGGGAACACCACAUUUUUCACACAUCUAAAACAUUUUACAAAUUCAAUCUCUUUUCAGAAGAGUAGGUGAUCACUGGGUAACAUCAUUCUUGUCAAAGUGCCAUCUGAGACAACAAUCUCUUAUUUAAUUGUAGAUAUUUUCCUUGGCUCAUCUUAUUGGUUGUGAGUUACUUGAUCCUAAUAACUGAAAUUGUGGUCAACUUACAAAUUGGCUUCCUGUAGGUGUCCAAGUGACAAAUCCACUUCAGUAAUGUGAAUAAUUCACACAGAUAAUGUUUUACCACUCACAGGUCACAGCAUAAUAACUUAUUUGUCAUCCUUAUUGAACAGUAACAUGUUUUCUCUUAUUUAGAAAUGGGGUCUAAAAGUGUAAGGAUGUAAAUGGUUGGCCUCUGUUGAAAUUUUUACUUCUACAUAUAUUUUAUUAUUUUUUAAAAAGAUUUACUUUUGAAUGAGUUUGUGUUUUUGUAUUUUUGUUUUUUUUGUAAAGUCCUUUAAUUAAAGUAUCCUCUUCAACAAG